UGAAGAAAACAUUCCGUUAAGGAAAAACAACAGAAACGCGUUUAAUUUCUCGGGGUUAUAAAGCCUGGGUGUGAAUAAUGUCAUGGAGGUGCAGUGUCCGCGGCUGUGGGAAACGCAAUCAGACGAAAGCUAAGGACGUGGUUAUUCACCGCUUCCCCGAGAAAGACCUGGAGCUCUGCGGGAGAUGGUUAGCGGCUAUCGGCAGGGAUGUGAACCACACGGGGAGGAAAUACUCGUCUCUACGGGUCUGCAGCCAGCACUUCAGACCCGACGACUACGAGAGGGAUUUAAAGGCGGAGUUACUGGGAUGUGCACCAAAGAAGGUUUUAAAGAAAACGGCAGUUCCGUCUGUAUUCCAGGGUAAACGGAGGACAGGCAGGAGGACAGCUCAGACUCAUAAUAAACCUCACAAUCAGGUGUCUUCUGAAAAAGAAAAUGCCCCGACUCCGCUCUCAGCAUGUUCUGAGGUAGAAGAGAUGUCUUGGCUUAAAGCUGUUAAAAGUCUUCAGACUCCUCAGGGAUCGAACAUUUUUAAGAGUCGUGAGGUGUUGGUGAGCACACAGUGUUUGCUGGAGCUCUUCCAGUUCUGCUGGCUUUGUCAUCUAGAGUGCUGUAUCACCAUCGAGGGCAACGAGAAGCUGUUUUCAGUCACGCAGGAAUGCCAGAGCUGUGGCCACCACCGAGACUGGAGGAGUCAGCCGCCCUCGGGGGAACCUGCGGGGAUAGAACAUCAUCAGACAGUGCAUGAAGAGGUGUGUGUUUAUGUUGUGAUUCAAACGGGGUCUUUGGUUAACGAGUGUCAUGAACAAAGGUCAACUGAAGAGGACGGCGCAUACCUCUCUAGUGACAAUAACGAUGAUGAAGCAAGUUCACAGCAAAGGUUAAGAGUUAAGAUCAAAAAGAGGAAAUCAAAUAAACAAGAUAGUUCAGAUGAACAGGAGCUACAUUUAGAUGAAGAGGUCACAGACUCUGACGUGUCCGUGGAUGAAGAUCUGUUCACAGCUUUAAAGGAGGACGGUGAGGGGAAACUUCUGGUGUGGUGUACAGAAUGCAGGGCCGAGUCAUCGCUCUCGUGUUCCAUCCAUCGACACAAAAAAGUGUUCUGCUGUACUCAGUGCGGCUCGGGCGACCAGACAGCGUCACGUGAUUUUGAAUCGCUGCCUGUCCGGUUUGACGACGUGGCCAGUUUUCAGAUCCAUGCCGAACAGGAGCACGGAACCAAACCAUUUUAUAUACUGUGUCAGGACUGUGGAAAGUUUGUCACAGCAAAGAAAGAACACGUAUGCGAACAUAAAAUUAAAUUCAUUGUCUGUCCGGAGUGCGGGAAGCGUUUCCUCACCGAGGGCGGGUUAAAGACGCACUACACUCAGCUCCACUCGGAUUACGAUCACCCGUGUAAAUACUGUCUGAAGGUCUUUAAAACCAAGCCCGCCAAACUGGAGCACGAGCAGACCCACCCUAAAGACAAUCAGCCCUACAGCUGUCCGGACUGUCCAGAGACGUUCGACAAUAUUCACAAACGCAAUACACACGUCAAGUCCCACAGAGGUCCGCAUAAAUACGUGUGUGACGUGUGUGAGAAAGGCUUCAGGGAUAUAAACCGGCUGAGGAGGCACAAACUCAUCCACUCUGGAGAAAAGCCCUUUAAAUGCCACGUGUGCGAGCGUUCCUUUAACCGAACGGAAAAUCUCGGUGCCCACAUGCGCGUCCACACCGGGGAGAAACCUUUCACGUGCGAACAGUGCGGAGAGUCGUUCAGUCACAACGUCAGCCUGAAGAACCACAAGCAGCGACACCACGAGGCGGGUCUGACUCAGGAGGAAGAAUGUGCUAAAUGAUGUUAAGAAUAAAUCGAUAAGUAAAGAGGACGGGGUUUCUUAGUAAAGUGACAAUGCGACAAUUUUAUUUACAUUUUAUGAUAAGUUUUUGUCCCAGUUCUUGAUGGUCUGAGUGUGUUUUCUGUACUGUAUGGUGUUCCUAGACCCAGUCCAGACACUUGUGUUCUGUGUAGCAGCAUUAAAAAAUAUUAAUUCCUGAUGACUACCGUUGUGUUCUUGUGAUUCAGGUACUGAAAUAAAUCCAUUACUUGUGAACAAUUAA